CGUUGCGAACAGCCGACGCCGCUCAACCCCUCAGUCCCCGCAUCUACACUUGAAUCAAGUUCUCCCGGCCAUUCUGCACCAGGCUUCUAUCUCAUAUUUCAUCCGUAUUGUCGACCAAGCACCUAUCCCAUCAUGGCCCCCGUUUUUCGUGCUGAACAAAUUGGCUCUCUGCUCCGGCCCGAGGAGCUGUUGGCAGCCCGCGAUGCCGCUGGACUGGCGCAUGUUUACACCCGGACCACUGUGCCGGAAAGUCUGCAACAAGUGACCGAGCAGGCGAUCGCCAGAGUGGUCGAGCAGCAGCAGGCUCACAACGUACGCCCCAUCAUGACCGGAGAGUAUGAGCGACCGAUCUACUACGCGGGGUUUUUCGAGAACCUUCAGGGGUUUGAAAUGACCCAGGUACCCAUCCCGGAGGGAUAUCGCACCGGGCUUCCGACCACCUCCACCAUCCUGAGGCUGGGGAUCAAGAAGCGGGAUGCGUGCGUGGCUGUGGGCAAGAUCGAGCAUGUGCACAGCCCUUACCUGGCCGACUGGGAGUAUUUGCAUAGUCUGGUGCCGCGCGACCAGUGGAAGGAGUGCAAGCUGAGCAUGCCGUCCAUCACCUGGCAUCACCAGCAUUUGCGGCCUGGUACCGCGUUUACUGCCUCGAGUCCGUACACCACCGACAAGGAGUAUUUUUCGGAUCUUGCCAAGACAUUUGCACAAGAGUACCGGAUUCUGUAUGAAGCCGGCCUGCGGUCCAUCCAGGUGGACGAUCCUGCCAUGACCUUCUUCAUCACGGAUGAAAUGCGAUCGGGGUGUGUAACGGAUGGCAUCGAUCCGGAUGAGCUUCUGGACCUGUAUAUCUGGGCGCACAAUGAAAGUCUCAAGGACCGGCCGGCGGACCUGCACAUCGGCGUGCAUCUCUGCCGGGGCAAUAUGCCUGGAUCGACCCACAUUCUCAGUGGGUCGUAUGAGCGGAUUGCGCAGCGCAUGUUUACGGGGCUAAACUAUGACACAUUCUACCUGGAGUACGACACGGAGCGGGCGGGCGACUUCCAGCCGCUGCGGCAUUUACCGGUGGGCAAGAACGUGGUGCUGGGCGUGGUGUCCACCAAGGAGACGGCGAUGGAGCAGAUAGAUGAGCUGGAGGCCCGGGUGUAUGAAGCGGCAGAUGUGAUUGCGCACGGCCAAGGACGGAGCCGGCAGGAGGUGCUGGACAGCACGCUAGGAGUGAGCCCGCAAUGUGGUUUCUCCAGUGCGAGCCGAGGCCGGGGCAUUGGAAUGACAGAGGCGUGCAUGUGGGAGAAGCUGCAACUGGUGCAGAAAGUAGCCGAGCGGGUGUGGAAGAGCAGCAGCGGCAGCAGCAGCAGGAGCUAGAGAUAUUGCCAGGCGCGACUAGACAUCGGUUAGGUGUGAUGGCGUGUCAGAAUAAUGAAGAUCAUCACCGUGAAGACACAUGUCCGGCUGCCAGGCACGCCCGUUGCAUGAUGCAUGGCGCUAGAGGCCACCGGCCAAAGUCACUAAGGACUGCCAUCCUGCAGGAUGGCUCGCACGUGGCCAACCCGUUGGGUUCCGAGCCUCCGACGGCUU